CAAUAAACUCAUUAUUCCGAGUAGAAAAGUUAAGACCAUAUAACAUGAUGAAUAAACAAAUUAUUGUGGCUGGUUUUCUGUUGUUCGAAAUUUAUUGCAUUAAAGCAGAUGUUCGGGAGCUGAAAUUAAAUGAUCGCAGUUAUUUGCCACCUUUAGAAAAUAAGCUUGACAAAGGAUAUUUGCCACCGGAUAAUAAAAUUUCGCAACAGACGAGAAGUGAAACUAAUGACUUCACCAAGGAAAACUUAAAUUAUAAAUAUAAUAAACCCAAAGUGAUCGAUGAUCCUCUGCCCAUAAAAGUGGAUUAUGUGCAACCUUUGGCUUUAGAUUUUGUAAGUGGCAAAUAUAAACCGAUCUAUAAAGGAGCCUUAAUUUCAGGAUUAUUUUACAAUGAAAAUGAGGCAAACUCUUUGAAUAGAGACACCUCAAAAGAGACACCUUUAAAUGAAGUGGCAAAGGCCCAUAAGAAGGAUCAAUUACAGACAGAAGCAACUUCCUUAAAAUAUAAAGAUAGCUCCAGGGAAAAGAAUAGAAAUAGCAAAGGAUCUUUAGAAGAUGUCGUGCCAAUUAAUUACUAUGCUGAGGAAGUAACUAUGUAUAAAUUAUUUAAUUACGACGAUGAUACUACUUUAAGUGGCUCCGAACCGGUGGUAAUAUUUAAACCGGGAGAUGAUAUUAGUUUCACUGAAGACACUACCAUUAUAGACGACUAUGAACAUAUAUUUCCUUUGGAAUUUAUAAAGAAACACCUAAAAUCUUCUUCCCAAAAAAAUACUUCUACCACUACCACUACUCCUGCUCCUCCUCCCUCUUCUCUAACAGAUGAUUCUCAUUCAAAUGAAGCAACUAGUGCAGCAGAAAGUGAAAGUAACCACACUACUACUAGACCUGGUUAUAAUUAUGAUAAACCCAAAAUAGAAUUUACGUUUUAAAAUUUUCUAUUAAUGCAGUCGUCCUAAAUAAAUUUUUAUUAUUAUUUUUAUGUUAAUCAUAAUAUUUAAUCAUUGUCGCCGUCUAGAAUGAAAUGUUUGUUUUUAAAUUAACGAAAAAAA